AUGGCUUCGAAAAGAGAAUCCUCCAUUAAGAAGUCUCCUUCACCAGUGACCCAACCCAGACUGGGUCCUCCUUACCCCUGCCUCCCUGUGGCUCCUGCAGAUCCAAAACCGGCUCCAGAGCAGAAACCGAGGAUGCUGCGUCCUUCGGAUUCGCCAUUUGACCCCACUGCUUUGGAAAUUGAAUUUAACCUGGAUCAGAUUCAUGAGUUUAAGGAGGCAUUCUUGCUGUUCGACAGGACAGGAGAUGGCAAGAUUAGCUUCAGCCAGUGUGGGGAUGUCAUGCGGGCCCUGGGACAGAACCCUGUCAAUGCUGAGGUGCUUAAGGUUCUGGGCAACCCCAAGGCCGACGACAUGAACUGCAAGAUGCUAGACUUUGAGCAGUUCCUGCCCAUGUUCCAGGCCAUCGCUAAAAAUAAAGAUCAGGGCUCCAUGGAGGACUUUGUGGAGGGACUGCGUGUCUUUGACAAGGAGGGCAACGGCACAGUAAUGGGAGCAGAGCUUCGUCACGUCCUCACCACGCUAGGUGAGAAAAUGUCAGAGGAGGAAGUUGAGACACUCUUGGCGGGACACGAAGAUGCCAAUGGUUGCAUCAAUUAUGAAGAACUCGUCAGGAUGGUCAUGAAUGGGUGAAGACGAAGAGCAUCCAACUUUUUCUACCCUGUCACAUGUACACCAUUUUUUCAGUUUGCUUCUAAAACACCUGCGCCCCAACCUUUUCCAUGGAUUGGUUUUCCACAUUGGUUUGAUUAAAGAAGUGCCUUUACAUUCCCUACAAAGACCACAAAGGUGGUCCUGUCUAUUGCUGGCAGGUCCAUUCACAGAUGUGACCAACUUGUAUGAAUUCAGAUGUCUUAAUGUUUGCAUUAACAUUCCAAGAUGCAGCACAAGAUGACAAAAAUAAAUAACGAUAUACUGUAAUUAUUGAUACUAGUGUGUCAAUGUUGGAUGGGACAUUAAUAUAUAUAAAUAUAUACAUGCAUAGUAUCCAGCUGUCAGCAAUCUACUGUAUCAUUGGCUAAGAAUAUCUUUGGCUGAGGAAUUUGUUCCUCCAAUCAUGCGGUAAAUUGGUAUAUUCAAAACCAUACUAUCAUGAAGUUUAAAAAAUAAUAAUAAUAAUUCAAAUGUUCUCCCAUGUUUUUAAUUCACCCAUAUCUUUUGCUUCAUUUAAAUAAAUGUUUUUCCUGAAAA